CGUUUUGAAUAGCGUUCAGUCAUUCGCACUCGUUCAAUCCGCGAACGCAUAACAAUACAAAUAUACAUACGAGCAAUAACCGCAGUCACAAUUAUAGGUGAUAUUGUAUUGCCCGCGGAUUUUGUUUUUUUCGACUCGCGUUCAAAAUCAAUAAUGGGUAAGUACCUACACGCACAAAUUAAUAUUCUAAACGCCGUUUCGGUAACUAUAUAACGGACAUAUUCGAAAUAUUUACAGCUACGACAAUUAUUGUAUGUAUCCGACGGUUAUUUUGUUUCGACGAAAAUUUUUCCCGCACCCGUUGUUGCGUCGCGUACGACAUUUAGGGCGACCUCGGUGUAAUGCCGGUGUACAAAUUCAAAUUUUAAUAUUUCCAACUUUGCGCGCGCGAUAUAAACGAAAAUAUGUCGAUCGAAAUCGGUUUUCUUGUAUCGUAAAAUUGUCUCACGAAUACAAAAUAAAUCCGUUCACGGUCAACGUUAGACAUAUAGGUAAACUAUCAUAGAAAAAUACUUUGAUAGCGGUUAUCUGAUCUGGUGACGAUUUUCGAAAUCGGUAGUAAUUUCGAACGAAACGCGUAAAAAAGCUUACGCAGUUUUUUUUUUUUUUAUGGGUGCCCUUUUUUCUUUUUCUGUCUGUAAGCAACUUUUUAAUCAGAAAUGUUAUUCCGAUUUUCAAGCGUAAAGUCUUUUCUGAUUGUAUAUGCAGUUGGGAGGUUCUUUUUUUAAUUUUUUAACAAUCGUAGAAAACGUAGAAAUACGAAAAAAAUGUAAACGGUUUCGUUAUUUUCGAUUUUGUUUGUAAUUCGAUUAAAAAUAAUGUUGAUAUGAUUUUUUUUUUUUAAUCCUCAAACUAAUUUUUAUCUAGACGUGGCAUAAUUUUUAAAAUAUUCUGUCGAUUUUUGUUUAUAGGCAUUUGACCUUUGUCGAUUUUAGAUUCUGAGCGAAACGAGGAAUGUCUAUAGGCAUUAGUUUUACAAUGAUGUUUAUAUUUUUUUCUGUGGACAACUUUUCUACCAGCAAUAAUUUGCUCCAAUUUUCAAAGCGAUUUUCAUAAUAAUCGUAAAAAACCGGGAAAAGACGUGAAAAAAAAUGGGACAACUUACGAAAAUAAUACUUUGAUUAUUUUCAAUUUUGUUUUUUUUAUUGUAAUUUAUUGAAAGAUAUUCGUAAAGACUUGACAUUAAUUUGAAAAUUUGAAAAUUUAAAUUUUUUUAUAAAAAUUUUAAUAUCGAAUUUUGAUGAAAUCAUAAAUAAAGUGGCUUUUUAAACGUGUAUAACCGAACUCCGCUCAGAAUUGGGUUUCGUUACCAAAUAUUAAUCGUUGCGUACAGAUAAUCAUUAAAUUCCCUUCUAUAUCCUACCUUUUCAACUUCUCACAUACAAUAGUGGCCCAUUGUGUGAAGUAUGUCCGUCCUUUUUUCUUAGUUUUAUCUUCUGUGGAUAAAAUUGUUUUGAAUGAGCAGAAACGAUAGAAAAUUUAACACGAGAUUUGCUACAAGUUUUUUUCACACGAGCAUUUAUGAUUCUUUAACAAUUUUUUCGAGCAGUAUACAACUAUAAUAUUUGUAUAGUACAAAGUUAGUACAGUUUAAUCGCAAAACGUUUUCUACGAAUUUUACUUUCGUGUACAUAUGUUAUUAUUUUCAAUAUUCAAAUGACCUUACAUAUUUUAUUAAUGUAUCAUCCGCAUACGAGUAAAACCUGGAUGAAUUAUUAUCAUAUUUUGCGCAAUGGUUACUGGGCAUUUUAAAAUAAUAAUUCUAAAAAAAAAAAAAGAGCUGAUACUAGAAACGGGUACGGCCACUGUUAUAGGUAAGGAGUUGAAAAGGUGGGAUACAAUAUGCUAUUUAAUUUAUAGCUUUAACCAAAGAUAAACCAUUACUAACGAAAAAUAAUUCGGAUCGAAGUUCGAUUAUAAAUGUUUUGAAUGGCCAUAAUAUUUACGGUUUUCGUGAAAAUGUAAUAUUAAAAUCCUCAUAAAACAAUUAAAAAAACAAUACCACGUUACAAUCAAUUUUUUUUUUUUAUCACAAAUUACGACUUACAAUAAUCCUCCUGUCAUAUUUUCAAGAAUUUCUGUUAAGUCUAAUAGUUUUAUUCACAGAGUACCUACGAUAUAAAAAUGACGUAAAAAACUUAGUAAGUUAAAAUGUCUAUAUAUAGCACGAAAAAAGCUCAAAUGUUUUGAAUAUUUUACUUCGCCUAGAAAAAAAAAUUUUCAAGUCUCUAAGAAUAUUUUAAACUGAAUUACUUAAAAAUUUGUUAUAUAUAUAAAAUAAUUAUUUUCGUAAAUUUUCCCUUUCGUUCUACGUAUUUUCCGGUUUUUUUUUCAGUUAUUACAAAAAUUACCAAGAAAAAUAAAAGCCGAAUCACUUACAUGUAAACUAGAUUAAAACCUAUGUCUUGUUUUAUUUUUAAUAUUUAUGGUAGAAAACAUGAACUGUACAAAAUUUAAAUAAUGAAAUUGUACCGUAAUUUGAAAAAAUCGAAUUUUUUGUUUUUUUUUAGUUUUUCCCAAUUAUUAUGAAAACUAGUUUAGAUCUCAGAAAAUGAUUUAUUAUUAUUACGAAAACUACUUUGAAAAUCGAAAGCGAAAUUCUUUUUCAGUGGCUAUGUACUAAAAGGAACGAAAUCGAUCAUCCUAUCAUGUUUCGAUGGGAACAAUAUUUCUGGUAGAAAACAUAGUUUGAAAAAAUUAAAAACAAUGAAAUGAGAAACGCUGUGACGUGUCGUAAAUAUUUUACCUGUAAUUUUCUUUCGGGUUGGAAAACGCAGAAAAGACGGUCACAAUUUUCGUUAUUUUCGAUUUUAGUUUUUUUUUUUUUUUUUUUGUCAAUUGGUUAAAAAUCAUGAUAGUGAGCUGAAAUGAUUAUAAAAUACUUAUAUAAACCUUUUCUAGACGCGGUCAAAUGUUAAAGGUAUUUUGGCUUUCCUUGUGCUCUUUUUUUUAUAUGUGUUUUAAGUUAAAAUUUUAACGAAAAUCCUAAAAAAUUACUAUAUUUCGAAACAUCGAUAUUCGGACUUCGCUCAGGAUCGGUUUUUGUUAACAAUAGAUUACCGAUGAUUACAGGUAUAAAUUAAAUAAUAUUAUGUAUAAUAAUUUCUCAACUUAUAAUUCACAACAAACAAUGACGCACCCAUCUGCAUAAUCAUCUCUUGUUUUAUUAUCUAUAGGUUAUAUAUUAUACCUAAUUAGCUACCUAAUUAACUAAAAAUCACAUGUUCAUUAUUGAGUUGUGGUUCGUUUUUUAUUAUGCAAUCUUUAAACAGGAUAUUCUUGGAUGGUAUUACUAAGAAAAACUGCGAAAUUGCCGACAUUUGUAAAAUAUAAUUUAAUUUUAUCAAAUGUUGUUUAUUUCCUAACGAAGAAAAAUAAAUAAGUGCAUAGCAAACUAAACAAUUUAAUCACAAUAAUACGCGCAUUUAAUUAAUAAAAUCAAUAAAUAAAACUAAUGAGUACUGACAGAUAAUAUACUGUAGUAACAUGAUAAAAAACGCAAUAAUAAAAAAAAUUGUAAUAAAAAGUAAUUUAAUUAUAUAAAAAGACAGACAUACUUUGUACAAUGGGUGGGUCUGUUGUAGGUGAGACAUUGGGAAGGAAGGAUUUAGAUGGGAAUUGAAUGUACAUCUAUACGCAGAGAUUAAUCUUGACGAAAAACGAUUCCGAGUGGAGUUCGGUUAUUUAUGUUUUAAAAGGCCGUAAUAUUUACGAUUUUCAAAUAUUAUAUUUCGUACAUUUUCCCGCUUUUUCUAUGAUUUUUUUUCCCGGGUUUUCUCAUUAAUUGAGAAAACUUCUGGGAAAAUCAAAAAAUAACCUCUUUAAAGCAGAAAAAUUUUCUUUUAAAUUGCUACAGCUGAAACUUAGGAACAAGAUUUCUGGUUGAUUGUUUGUACACAGUACAAAAAAUAAAUAUAUAAAUAAACAUCAUUGUAAAACCAAUACAUUCCUCACUCCUUCUAUGUUAGAAUGAAAGAAAAGACGUUUAGUAAAAAAAAUAAUAAACAAUUUCUUUAUUUGUUUCUCUUUAUUUAUUUCAGGGCUUCUAACUGAAAUUAUUUUUUGUGACUAACGAUUUUAGUUCGUCUAUUUUUUUCGAUUUAAAAAAACCGUUUAACAUUGAUCUUACAAUUUAUGUUUAUUCAAGACAGGUUUUUUAAUUAUUGAAACUGGCUAAUUCUGUUAUUUUAAAACAAUACUAUCGUAUAUAAUAAAUAUCAUGUAAGCACUAAUUAUAGUAUAUAAUAUUUAUCUACUAUUACUAUAAGAGAAAAAUCAUUAAACUAAUUAUGAUUUAUUUUAUUUUAAAAGUUUAAAGUUUAAAUUUGAACAUUUUAAACAACGAGCACAACGAAAAAUAAUCGCGUAGUUGACACAGUUGGCGUUAACUGCCUUAUUUCAACAUUCAAAAUUAAUAUGAAAUAGUAAAUAUAUUACGUGGUAAAUAACAUUAAUAAUGAUUAAAUUAUAAGGACGAAUGAACGUUCUUCUCAAAAAAAUUGUGGUAUAAAUAGGUAUUCUGUAGAAAUUUCAAGUUUUUAUGAUUAUCUUUAAUCGAAUUACAACAAAACCGAAAGUAAUGCAAUUGUUAAUGAUAUCAACACUAACUAGACAAAAUGUUAAUUAAGAAAAGAUGCAACUCAUGAUAUUUAGAACAAGAUUUUUGGUAGAAAAAUUAAAUUGAAAAAUGAAAAAACAAUAAAAUAAUGAAACUUUUAUUGCCAUAAAUUUGAAUAAAACUUCGAAAAUCAAAAAAUUACCACAACAAAUAUGGUCCAAAAAAAAAAAAACAAAAAAACCUUUGAUUGGAAAGAGAUUUCUGAUAGAGAAAUCGUUUACAGACACAUAAAUAAAACAUAAUAUACUCAUAUAAUACUAAUAGGAUGAACCAAUUUAAAUAAUAUAUUUCCAUUUGUAUUAAUCAACACUUAUAAUAUUUGUCAUUUUCCCCUUAUCUCUAACAGCUUAGCUAUCCAAGAGUUUUGCCUGUCAACAUAACUUUAUUCCCUCACCUAUCGUUUUUCCAAUCAAUAUUUCAUAUUUUCUCUCUGGGUUUUCUUUAAUUCCUUCUGACCAACGCUUUUUGGGUCUCACCCUCGGAGUUUUACCUAUUGGUCAUUAUUUUACGUAAUCACUCUGAUUUAUCGUCUUCAUAUCAACAAUAUAAAAUUCUAUUCUAUAUAGGCUAUCAAGAACACGUCGAAGGAAAAGGAAUUUCGUCGUUCACAAUUAGUCAAAAUGGAAAGUACGUAAAUCACAUAUAUUAUUAUUAUGAAUUGCUAUUGGUUAUUAUAUUCUAUUAAUUAAUUUAGUAUAACAAAAUUAAUGUAUUAAUAUUUGAUAAUGUCAUUUUUAUUUCGAGUAUAACUAAUUUAAAAUGUACAAUCAAUCGGUCCAAAAUGUUCAAAUUAAUAUUUACAUAAUUUUCUACAUAUUUUAUACUAAGGAAUAAAAAACAAUUGAUUUAAAAACUAUUACAACCAUUUCAUUAAUUAGAAAUUAGAAUAUUUAUGUUGUGUAUUUAAAAAUAAAAAAAUAAAAUUAAUAAUACUAAUAAUCAUAUUGUGUUUUUUUUAGUGCCGUUUACAAAAAGAACUAUAACAAAACGAAAUUAUGUUUAACCGUACUCACAGUUCUUGUCUUCUGUCUCUCAACGUUUUACAUCUAUUAUUCUUGUAAGUCAUCGUGCGAAAAUACAAUUAAAAAAUAUUUGGUUGACAGACGGCCUUGCCGUUUUUCUGAAUGCCCAAUAAUUUAUUAUUCAAAAUACAUAGGUAGUAUAUACAUACAUAUGUCUAAUUUUUUUUUACAAACAAGUGAUGAUUUUACUAAAAAAGUAAAAAUAUAUACAGCUGUUUUAUAGUACCUACACAUGGAGAUUUAUUUAUUGUGAAUCGUCGAUUUUAUCGGAUAAUCGUAAGUCAAUUUGAUAUCCGAUAUUUGUUUUUAAUCAAUGGAAUUAUUCAAGCAUUUUUUUUUUUAACACUAUUUUGAAUUAUGUAGGUACUUCUACUAUUUAUACUUUAAAUGAGUAUACACUUUGGAUCUUUUAGUAUCAACUCCUAUUCUGUUUAAUCACACAUUGAAGUGGACAAUUUACAUUUAAAAAUCGUAAUAACACUUUUAUGUUAAAUUUACUGUUAUGGGUUACACCUAAUAGCUUAAAAUUAAUUCCAAUAUUUAAUCUACUAUGACUUUCAUUUACUUGCUGUCCCGCACAGCUUUGCCUGUCUCAGUAUUCAAGAAAGAAAAAGAGUAAAAAAAAUAAAAACGGUUUUUUUCCGCGACUCUAUUUCCAUUCCCGUCCCUAUCACUGCAAACAACCGUUGUUGUCCACAAGUUUUUAGAAAUGCAUUUUCUUUAAUUUCCUAGUCAUUCUUUAGAGUAUGAAUUUUGAACAAAUCUUUUUUUAAUGGCUGUCUCCCUCCUCCCUCUCCUACUCUCCUAUUUGUGCUUAUCAGGCAAACUCUCUCCGAGUAUCAAGGAAAAUUUGAAGCCAAUGGUUAUGUAUUUUUUGAGUCUAUAUAUCACGAACGAACGAACAUUCAUUUCUAUGUAUUAUUUACAUAUACUAUAUAUGUCUAGCUCGGCUUUCUCCGCGCAAUAAAACAAUUUCUUUCCAUGGCUACCGAACAGGUAAUGGAUAUGGGCGACGGUAAUUUUCGGCGUACUUAAAUAUCGGCAUAGAACCAAGUAUUGACAGAGUUUAAGCGUACUUGCCGAUUACGUUAAUCAAAAAACUAUAUAGAACAAAAGUUAUAGACAAUUUAAUUUACUAUAAAUAAUGUCAGAAAUUUAUUUUUGUAAGAAAUGAUAACAACGAGAUAGCAGUCAAUCAAUUAAAAAAAACUGUGGUUACUUGUACAGAACCAUAUAUUUGAUCUUUGAGGGCUGGGGGGCACGGGUUAAACUUAAUCUAUCGAUAUGAAAUUUUGUAUACUUCAUUUAUAUACAUAUUUGAACCAAUUUAGGGGGUAAGACUGAAAAAAAUCCAAUAUCAAAAAAUCACAUAUAUGACGAAGGGCCACCCUAAUGUAUAUAUAUAUAUAUAUAGAUGUAAAGGAUAAAAAUUAUUACUGUGAAUUAUCCUUAGAAGAUAGACAUAACCCAACCCGGACUUUUCUGUUGGUAUUUCUAAGAUAUACGAUUCUAAAUAUAUUAUUUUGAUGUAUCUUAUGAGGCUUGGUGAGCAAUGUAAGCGCCCAAAAAUAUUAUUAAAAGUGUAUCCUUGUUAAUGUUAAAAAUAUUAAGGUAGGUGUAAAGAGGUGGACAUACUUUGCACGAUUGGUGGGCCACUGUUAUAGGUGAAAAGUUUCAGAGAGGUAGGAUAUAGAAGAUAAUUUAAUGUAUAUUUGUAGGUACACGUCGAUUGAUAAUUGCUACCGAAAAACAAUUCUGAACGAAAUUCGGUAAUACAUGUUUUAAAAGGUUGUAAUAUUUACGAUCUUCGUUGAAAUCCGAUAUUAAAAUUCUUAUACAGAAAAAAAAAAUUCUAUACUAAACUCAACCAUUGCUUGUUGACCGCUAAGUACUAAUAACUAAUAAUAAACCUCUUGUUAAAUUUUCAAGCAUUUCUGUUCGGUCAAACAAUUUUAUCCACAGAGUAUCUACCGAAUAAAAAUUAGAUAAAAAGCUCGCAAAAUUAAAUUUGUAAAUUAGAAAUUUUUAUCACUUUUAUAAAAGCAAACAUAAAUUUUUUUUCUGAAAUUCAAAUCUCUGCGAACAUUUUUAUCUGAAUUACAAUAAGAAAACAAAAUUGAAAAUAAAACAUUUCAUAAGUUUUCCCGUUCUUCUAAAGUUGUUUCAUUCUUAGCCUUCUUUAAAGUAUCAACUAGAUAACAUUUUCUUUCAUAAAAGGUGCUGCACUUGAAAAUGAGAACAAGAUUUCUGGUAGACAUUUUGUAUACAGUAUAAAAGAAUAUAAAUAAAAAAUUAACAUCAUUGUAAAACCAACUCGCUUCACUCAGAAUCUAAAACUUCAAAAUUAUUUUAAUAUAAAACUUGACGAUUCCAUGGUUAAAAAAAUCAAUGAUUAAAAAAACCGAAAUCAAAUUUACCUAAAGUCCUCCGAUGAAAUUGCUUGUUUGUGAAAAAUGAUUCAUGCUUUGUGCGUUCACCAAAUAUUUACUGUUGAUAAUAAUAUUUAUAGUAAAAAUGAAUUUUAUAAAAUAUUUGUAAUAAAAAUGGUACAAAAACGGGUUGUUUUAGAUACCGCGAUAGAGAUCUGCAAAACGAAACCGUGUUUACAGUCUAGUAAGUAUUGUUACUAUUAUUUAUAAAAAACAAUAUAUUGUUGUAUUUUUAUUUGUAUAGAAUGUAUACAUUUAAAAAUUUUGUAUAAAACAUUUAUUUUUAUUUUUAGCCGUAACGUUAAUGAACUGCAUGAACAAAACUGUCGACCCGUGCGAAGAUUUUUACGAAUUCGCUUGUGGUAUGUUCGAAACGAAUUACCCGUCUUAUACAACCUCGGACAACAGUUGGACUGAUAUAAUUAUGUCGAAAGUAAACUACAAAGUAAAAAGUAAGUGUAACCAUAACGAUCGUGACUUAUAAAUCAGUUUUCAAAUUAUUUCCAUUACUAUUAUUACUAUUUUUUUUUUCAUUUACUCCCCGUUAUAGAAUUUCUUUCUCGAAAUAACGGAGCAGACGAACCCGAGGCCGUUCAUAAAACCAGAAAGUUUUACACCGCCUGUUUAAAUUUCACCGAAGGUAUUGAACGUUUUUCGAUAUUUAAAGAUUACGUUGUGUUUAAAACUUGCAUAUAUUUCUUUAUUUUUAUGUUAUACAGGUUUGAUCAGUGACGAUAGUAAUUAUUAUAGUCCAUUAUGGAGACUUUGGGAAGAACUGGGUCUAGACGAAAACUAUUUAAACGAUACGGUCGCACUGGAUUUGGAAAUCAUUUCUUCGAAAUUCCGAAAAUAUAUUGAUUCGAAUAUAUACUUCGGUAUUUCAACCAUUGAAGAUCCUAGAAAUUCUUCGUCACAUGCGCUUUUGAGUAUUAGUACAUUUGAAGAAUCAUCGAAAUUUAAGCUAAAGUAACUUUAUAUCGAUACACGGAUCUAAUCUACCUAAACUUACUCAUAUGAAUAUUGAUAAUAAUAUUUCACACUUUUACUUGUAAUAUAUUCAGAAACGAUAAAAUGGAAACGAAUAAUGCUACAAUUAACGAGAACAUACCGAAAUUUAUCGAAUAUUUUCAAUUGAUGACCGACCAAUUAUUGAAUCGUAACCAAACGUGUCAAAAAAGGAUUUCUAACAGUCUUCUUUUAAACACGAGCAUGGAACUAAGCUAUUUCAAUUUUGAAUAUUCAAAAGUAAAGCCUUCGAUAAUUAUAUAUACUGAAAAUUAUUACUGCACACCAACACUUUGCAGAUCUGUUAUUAACAGACACGAAAUAAUAUUUUUAAAUUUUACAGCAUACAGGUCAAAAACCACAAUCGACUGUUCAAUAAUAAUAAUACAAAAUAUAGAUCUUAAAUAGAAAAUACGUUAACUUAUGUUCAUUAAUGUUCAUUACAAUACUAACAUUGUAGUAAUUUUAAUACUUUCAUAUACACCGUGAGGUUAUCGAUUUAUAUGCGACUAUAGUAGCAUCUCGCCGCUACUUCCCUACUUGGUAUUCCAUCUAGAGAUUCCACGACUCUCCCAGUCUUAUAUGAGAGUAACAAAGGGUUCUCUUUUCUUCUGGGUUCUUUUCCAUUACCACGCGUAAAAGAUGGAUUUUAAUUUAGCCAAUCGUAACCUGCCCAGUGUAAUCAGUAUAAUCUUCUCUGGACUGUAUCUAAUAAAUUUAGCAUUUCAAUACUUUAUAAUGAAAUAAUACAUUUAUAAUUUUCUAUUUGUUAUUUGAUUAAAAAUGUAGAAAUUAUAUUAGGUAAUUUACUUGCAGUAAAUAAUGUAUUUGCGAUUGAAUAAUCAAUCAAAUGUGUUUCCUUAAAUGAUAUGAAUACCGAAAAUUUGCUAAUUUUUAAUUUUUCCUAUACUUUAGCUUCGUCACGAUGCAUUUCAUACUGAAAUUGAUAUUGGUAAGAUAAUGACACUCCGAGAACUUCAAAAUUUAACCGAUGAAACACAGUUCAAGGUAAGCAAACGAAAAUCAUCUGCGAUUAAAAAACAAACUUGGACAAUUUUAAACUAAAAAUAAACUUUGUACAGUUUAAUUGGACAUUAUACCUGAGAGAGCUAUUUCGUGAAAAUGAGCCAAGAGUGUACGAGCAGUUGUUAGAAAAUUCGGACGAUUACGAGAUUAUAACGGACAAUAUAGUAUUCUUGCAAAAUGUAUUUUCGUUAUUAUCCAAAACUCCGACCAAAAUAAUUAGUAAUUAUUUAUUCAACGUGUAAACAUUAUCAUUAUUAAUACAUAACUUUUAUUUUUAUUUUUUUAGAAAUGUCAGUAUUAUCGAACGCAGUAAAUAAUUUGUUGAAAUUUCAGAUAGUUCCGGAGACUUGGUCACCUGAGUGAGUAAAAAAAAAAAACAACUUCAUUACAAAUUAUAAUAUAAUCAUCAAACAUUUAAUUACUAUGAUUUCUAUUGAAUUUACAAUAGAUAUUGUUUUUCAUUGACUACAGAACGUUUAGGAAUGGCGACCGGAUACGCUAUGGUCGAUACGUUGGACGAUUCUACGAAAGCCGCAGCAAGUAUACUUACGUUAAUAAAAUGCAACCGUAAAUAUUAAAUUCCGGAUAUAUUUUGUCCGUUGUCGAUAGUUAGCCGAAAUGAACGACAAUAUCAUAUGGGCUUUCCAUAAAAUGAUCAGCGAAUCGAGCUGGAUGGAUGAUGAGACGAAAAAUGCUACUCACCGAAAACUCGACUAUACGAAGACUUACUUUGGAUAUCCGAACAAUUACACGAACAUUCUAAAUGACUUAUAUAAAAACGUACGGGAAUUUAAAAUUUAAUUUGUCUGUGUUAUAUUUAUUAUGAUGUUAUUGAUUCGUAAUGCAUUUUUUAAUUCCUAUACAUAGUUAAAUAUCACGGAAAAUCACCUAGAAAAUUUGAUAUCAAUUACCAGGUUUCACUCAAAAAAAUUAUGGAAUAAUUUAGUACAGAAAAAAGAUGGGGAAAACAAAGAGUAAGAUGUGGUUUUUUUGUUAUACGAUUAAUUAAAUUAUAAAUUAAAAUAUAUAAUCGCAAAUUAUUUUUUUUACAUAUCCGUAUUAAAUUAUAAUUGUAUAGGUGGAAGAUGAAUCCGGACGAAGUAAACGCAUACAGUGACCCUUCAAUGAAUGCAUUUUGUAAGUCGUAUUAUGAAACCGUAGUGUAAUUAUGUUAUUUCCGAUCGAAUGCUAUAUAAUAUUAUAUUGCAGUCAUUUUUUUAGGGUCUACCGAGAGCUAUUGCUUGAAAAAAAAAAAUGACUUUUUUAUUUCUCUACCCAAUAUAUAAUAUUUUUCUGAGCUAAUUUCUCAAAAACGUUCACAGCAUCAGUUUCUUGUGUCCGAUUUCAAUGUAUUACAUUUAUAUAUUUAUUACCUUAUUCGAGUAAAUUAAUAUUGAAUGUUGUUGGUUUUCGCAGUCAUGCCGGCGGCAUUCUUACAAGCUCCGCUGUACCACAACGGUUUAGAGUGAGUAUAUAUUAUUAUACAGAAUGGAAUUCGAUAUGGAUUUCGGCAAUUUCAAACGUGAAAUACGAUUUUAUGUCCCGAACAGAGCGCUGAAUUAUGGUAUGACGGGCAGUACUAUUGGACACGAACUGUCGCACAAUUACGACAACACCGGGAGAUUGUUCAAUGAAUACGGCAACGUGCUUCAAUGGUGGACGAACAAAAGUUACGAGGAGUAUUCCAGGCGGGCCGGUUGCAUGAUAGACCACUAUAAUAAUAUAUUGGUGACAAUGCAUAACGAUACCGUAAUCAUCAUUUUUUGUUUUUACACCUUUUUAGGUUAAGCGUUAACCUUAAAUAUUAAAUAUACCGCAGUGUGCCACGAAGAUAAAUUAAUUUAACAUACAAUAUUGUGUGUACCUAAAAUGAGUGUAUUUUCGUUUUUUAUUAUUAUUAUUAUUUUUUUUUUUCGGAAAUAUUGCCAUCAAACAAAAAAGUUAGCUAUUUAACCCUCGAGGAGACGUGAUACCCGCAUGCGCCGUCUAGCUCCGUCUUAUAAACACCACGGUGACGCGGCCAGCAAGGGGGACAAUUGCGUGUUGUUCGUUUUAAUAUUAUUAGAGUAAAUUGAUCUAUAUACUAUAAAAGUUAAAAUGUAAGAACAUAGUCUACCGAAAUGUCUGUAUUUUCGACGUGGUUAAACGAAAUAUACGUAUUUUCAAUUUAUUAUAUUUUGGCCACUCGUAUCAUCUCGCUUAAAAAUUUAAAAAAAACGUAAACAAUGAAUGUACAAUGUAAAUAAACCGACCUACGAACCCCGCAGAAAAUGUCUUGAAGACACACGUGUUAUUUGUGUCAAUGAUUUUGUCAAACCCAUACAUUAGGCAUAGCUGCGAAAAUUCCGCAGUUUUAUAGACAACUAUAUUAUAAUGAACGCUUUGUAGGAUUAAGUCGGAAUUAUUGUUGAAUUGUACCUACAUGAAUAUAUUAUAGUUUAUUUACACCAAACACACUGUCGGUACGCCGCGUGUUGUUUUUUUUUUUUUUUACAAUUUCUUUGUAAUGUACGCGUACUUAUCUGUUGGCAGAUGUACGUAAACGGCAAUCAAACGCUGAACGAAAACAUAGCCGACGUUGUCGGGCUGAAAGAAUCGUAUUUCGCCUAUUUACGGUACGUGGAAAAACAUGGCCAGGAACCCAGAUUACCCGGAAUGGAAAAAUAUAAUUCGGAGCAAUUGUUUUUCCUGGGAUACGCCGUAGUGAGUAUAAUAUUAUUGCGUUGUGACAAUCACUGUACAAAUGUUCAGAGGACGCGAUUUUUUAACUAACGCCGUAAAUGUUACUAUAUCGUACAGUUUAAACGGUAAUAACACUCGUAUAGUUCAGCGAAAUCGUCGUAAUAAGUGGCGUGCACUGAGAGGGCGAUGGUUUAUCGCCCCCCCCCCCCCCGCACCAGUCAAUAUCGGUCUGAAAAUAUGCAACUGUUAUACGAGUAUUUUUAUUUAGCAAUUCGAUCUCGGCAUUUUAUACCUCGGUAGAAUUUUACAAGAGAAUGUUUGAUUUAUUGACUGAAAAAUGCCGGACCUGCCUUUUAAAUUGUCAUUUUUCAUUGUCGGAUUAGUCACCCAUGCCUACCUACAACACAAUAAUGAUUCAACGAUUUAUUCACGAUUAUUAUUCACUUUGUACAUAUAUACUCUCUCCCAUAUGAAAAUUCCCGGGUACGCCACUUGACGUCGCGUAUAUACGAGCUAAAAAUAACAUUAUAUUGUAUUAUCAUCGUUUUUUAAUCUACGCCUUGUUACAAGACGCAGAUCAAAAACCGAUAAUAUACGUCUUGCUGAUGUUAUUAUUUUUGCGCCCAUCAUCGUCGGUCACGUAAAAAAUAAUACCUAGGUACUAAAAUAUUUUUGUCUAAUAUUUUAGCAUACCUUUAUAAAUAUAAUGACUUUAUUUAAAAAUCGGUUCAUUAUAAUAAUAUUAAUAUUAUUAUUAUACAUAGUGACCUAUAGAAUUUAAUAUUACGGUGUAUAAUAAAAAGCCGAGAAAAUUCCUAUUUUUUUCGGAGUAUACCUAUAAUACGGGUAUUAAUAAUAUAAUAACCCGGCAUACAAUAUGCGUGUUAUAUUUUUUCAGUGGCUCUAAAAGAAAGUCGUUUAAACGAACAUUUCGUCGUUUAAUUUCAUUAUUGGAUUUUGAGCGCAGCGAGAUUGGUUUUAUAGGUUUCUUUUCUGUCGAUUAACAACAUUUAAAAUAUCGAUCCGAUAUUCAAGUGUAGCAUAUUUUCUUGAAGAAAAUUUUCCCCGUUUGGUGUACCGGACGAUCGUUUUUCGACGUUCCUUGUCGUUUUUCUAGUAAUUGGGAAACCCAGACAAACAUUUUUUUAUGAAAAUAUCGGUUUCAUUACUUUCGAUUUUGUUCUUAUGUUGUAAUUCUAUUAAAAAUGGUGGUAGUAGACAUGCAAUUUUCACAGAAUACUUAUACAAGCUUUUUAUAUACGUGCUAUUUGGCGAUAAAAAACGUGAUGUUUUUUAAGUUCAAAUGUCAACGACAAUCGUAAAAGCUACAGAGGUAUUUCGCUUAAUAUUUUCCAAUUUAUGUGAACAUACAAUAUUUUUAGCUUCAUAAAAAUGCUCCAAACCCGUUUUUCGUUUGAAAUUAUUUAUUUUUACAUACGUUUAUAAAUUAAAUUAUUAUAAUCUAAUUUAUUUGUUAUCUUCCUAAUCUUAACCGCCAACUUACAACUGUGGACCACACAUGGUGCGAAUUAUAUAGGGUAUUUCAAAAAAAAAAAAAAGUAAAAUAUCAAACUACUAUAUAACGUUUUGCAGUUUUAUUUAAACGGAAUAUAUUAUAUAGGUGACAUUAACAAAAUUAAAAAAGACCAAUAGAGUGGUCGGUAUCAUCAUUAAGGUAGUAAAAACAGAAAUCAAAUCUAAUUAACAAAUCGAUUCUAUUACAUAUUUCAACUAGAAAAGUUAAUAUUAUAAUUUUUUUCGUUCAUUAAUGUUAACAACUUGGUUAGUCCAAUUGUCAAGUUAACGAGUAAAAUGUGGAUUUAAUCCGUUUUUCGUUCUAAUUUACUAUAGCGAGAAAUAAUAUUAAAAUGUGGACCUAUAAAAUGUUUAUUGAAAAUUGUUAACGUUAUUAUUGUUGUAAUUAUUUUUUUUCUAUAUAACAUUCUGAAAUUCUGUUUGUUUGUACGUAGCAAUUCUGUCAGUAUGAUCAGAGCGGUUUUGAAUAUUACGAUGAAUCAAAUUUGCACAGUCCUAGUUCGGUUCGAGUACGAGGAGUUUUGUCGCUCACACAAGAAUUUGCGAACGCGUGGUCCUGUCCGUCCGGCACUCCAAUGAAUCCGAAAAAAGAGAAAUGCCAAAUUUGGUGACCGUGAACGAAAGAAAAUUUACUUUUCGAGUGAAUUAUAACAAUAUUAUAUUAUCGAAACGACAAUAGUUUAUAAUAAUAUGAAGACUAUCUAUAUGUGAUACUAUUAGAUCAAUUUUAUAUAGGUAUACGACACAAGUUCCUUUAUAUAAAUACCAAAUAUCGUUUUGUUAACUUUUUUUUUAUGUAUACAACAGUUGUAAAUAGAUUAUUGCGCUUAUUCAAAAUAAAAUGUCGUACAUGUUGGCCGUUUUAUUAUUAGUUAUUGCUUAUUGAUAUUAGCUAUUAAUAAUACGAGUAGUAAAAAAGUGUGGUUAAUUUCCAAUGCUUAAUACUGAAGCUAUACUGACGGACAUGAAAUCUUUGGACUUUUCAUGUUUAGUCGGGACGUUCAGAUAAGUGAAACACACCGAACGUUAAACAUUUUCAUCAUGAACAUUAUACUAUUUUAUUAAAACACUCUUAAAUAAAUGUUACAUUAGUAA